GCCAACAAGCGCAUCACGCGGCUUCAGCUCUUUCUUCGCAGCUGUCACACUCUCGAACGUGCUGUAUUGUUAAAUACUUUUUUUUUAAGGAAAGCUUGUUUUGAGUCAGAUUUUGGAACAUUUAUUUUUGCCCAAGAUGUCUGGGAGAGGUGGUCCACAUACAUACAAAGUUUAUGUUGGUAACCUCGGGUCUAAUGGUUCCAAAGCAGAGCUAGAAAGAGAGUUCGAGAGAUUUGGAAGACUCCAUGAUGUGUGGGUUGCUCGCAAUCCACCUGGAUUUGCCUUUGUAGAAUUUGAUGAUCAGCGUGAUGCUGAAGAUGCUGUGAAGUCACUUAAUGGUUCUCGCAUUUGUGGAGAAAGAGUACGUGUAGAAAUGGCUCGCAACCGUGGCAGAGGUGGUGGGGGAGGGGGUCGAUCAGUUCGCUCAGAUUACCGUGAUGACCGUGGCGGGGGUCGCCGUUUUGAUGACAGAGCUGACCGUUUUGAUGACAGGUCAAGGUCACCAUAUAGGUCACCACCACGGCGAGUGAGAGGAGGAAGGUCUCCUGAAGGAGACAGGUGGGGAGGAAGGGGAAGGAGCAGGUCUCGUAGUCCUCGACGUUACUAGUCAACUCAACCAUGGAGCCUUUGUACCAAUUGAUUGGUGGACAACUUUGUACAAAUCAGCCACCUCAACACCAUGGAAAAUGUUUUUAACAUCUAUGACUAUAACUUAAAGAUUCUUUUUCACUUAGUUUGCUGUAAAUGGCUGAUUUUAUGUGGUACAAAAAAAACUGAUCUUUUUAAUUUUUUCUUAUUUUAGCACCAAUCAUAUUUUGUUUAAAUGACUCAGUUUACUGAAACUGUAUACACUCAAUUGUGAAAAUGUUGACACCAAAAAAAGCAUUAACAAUGGACAAUGAGACCUCACAGCUUUUAUGGUCAGAUGUACAUGAUAACCACCAUUGGGUGCAUGUGGUGAAUGAUGGAAGCUAUCAAAGCUUUUCUGAAAGAAAGGGAUUAUCAUAAAGAAAGGAUUUUACAUGAGUAACGAGAGAAGUGAAUCACUGAGUAUUUAUCUGUGCCCACAUUCCCCAGGAAGCCAUUGGGUCUCAUCAUCUUGGAUUAUACUUUUUUUCGUAUUCACAUGUUUAUGAAGGAAACUGACUGUAUCAAAAUUACUAUACCUGUGAAACUUUUAAGAUGUUGCAUUUUAAACCUUUUGUUUUGUAUUCAUAUUUAUUUGUACCCUAUUACUCUAUUAAAGACGCGAAUUAAAUUCAAGCAAGAAAUGAUCUUGUCACCUAAGGUUCUCAAGAAAACAUUACCAGUUCUACAAUGAGUUUCACUGGGGUGGUGUGCUCUACAUCCUAGGAAAUGCUUUUCAGGGUAGAGAUUUGAAAGGGGAGGGAUUCCACUGGCCUGUGCCAGGGUUUUGAUUUAAGUACAUAAGGGAAAGAACAGAUGAGUGAAUAUCAGUCAGAGGCAGGUCUAGUCUGUGCAAUCCUUCUUUCCCACCACCUUUUUUCUUGGCUUGAAGUCAACCUCUCUUUUUUAUCUGGUCUUUGUUCUCCUUUUCAAAACACUGGCUGACUAUUAAGCCAAUUUUUUCAGUCUUUUUCACCAGAUUGUUCACUUUUUUCCACUGAGUGCUUGUAAUUCUCUUGGAUUUGGGAUAUUGAUGUGUAGAAAAGGGAAAGGGAAACUACAUUUGGCGUGUCUUAAUUUCUAUUAUAAUUCAUUGAAAUUGUUACUAAAAUGAACAGCUAUUAAAACUUGUUAUAAUUUUGGAAAA